GUGGCGCUGUCGCUGUGGAAAGAUGCGAUCAGCGAAGAGCGGAGGCUUUUCCUUAAUUGCUCAUUUCGGUAACACAGGCUAAAACAACCCCGAAACCAACCCUCCGUGGUCGCUGCUGUUUAAGCUAGAAGCUCCGCGCAUCCACCACAGCGUGUACCCAAGAAAUAUCGAUGUUGUAAGCAGACAACGCAGAGUUUACCCGGCGGUUUCGAGAGCUCCAGUAUGUCCAAGCGGCGCUCUUCGGAGAGGGGGGCUGGAGAGUCAUCAGGCAGGGCCAGCAAGCUGCAAUGUCCUGGGAUAUCCGGAAAUAACGCUAAGAGAGCCGGGCCCUUCAUCCUUGGGCCUCGCCUGGGCAACUCACCAGUGCCCAGCAUAGUGCAGUGUCUGGCCCGAAAGGACGGCACAGACGACUUCUAUCAGCUCAAAAUCCUUACGCUGGAGGAGCGAGCAGACUCUGCAGGGGAGACUCAGGAGGAGAGGCAGGGGAAAAUGCUGCUGCACACAGAGUACUCCCUCCUUUCCCUGCUGCACAACCAGGAUGGGGUCGUCCACCACCACGGCCUCUUCCAGGAUCGUGCCUAUGAAAUAGUGGAGGACAUGGAGGCCAACAAAGUGCGAAAGAUGAAGAAGCGGAUCUGCCUGGUGCUCGACUGCCUGUGUGCUCACGACUUCAGUGACAAGACGGCAGACCUAAUAAACCUCCAGCAUUACGUAAUAAAGGAGAAGCGGCUGAGCGAGCGUGAGGCCAUCGUCAUCUUCUACGAUGUGGUGCGUGUGGUGGAAGCCCUUCAUAAGAAAAACAUUGUGCAUAGAGACCUCAAGCUGGGCAACAUGGUGCUGAACAAACGGACUCACAGAAUCACCAUUACCAACUUCUGCCUAGGAAAGCACCUGGUGAGCGAGGACGACCUGCUGAAAGACCAGAGAGGAAGUCCGGCCUACAUCAGCCCCGAUGUAUUAAGUGGUCGGCCAUACCGAGGCAAACCCAGUGACAUGUGGGCCCUCGGCGUGGUUCUGUUCACCAUGCUGUAUGGCCAGUUCCCCUUUUAUGACAGCAUACCUCAAGAGCUCUUCCGCAAGAUCAAGGCUGCUGAAUACUCCAUCCCAGAGGACGGUCGCGUGUCGGAGAACACCGUGUGCCUGAUCCGAAAGCUGCUGGUGUUGGACCCUCAGCAGAGGCUGACUGCAGGAGAGGUGCUGGAGUCUCUCAGUGGCAUCAUCGCCUCGUGGCAGUCUGUUUCAUCGAUGAGUGGCCCUCUGCAGGUGGUGCCUGAUAUUGACGAUCAGGGCAAUCACCCAGAACAUCUGCAAGAGGCCAAGGCGAUAGAAGAGUCUUCACAGUACGAGUUUGAGAACUACAUGCGCCAGCAGCUGCUGUUGGCUGAGGAGAAGAACACUAUCCACGAGGCCAAGAGCAUUCUCACCAAGCGCCAGUUUGGCAGCAUCCCUCCUGUGAGACGCCUGGGCCAUGACGCCCAGCCCGUCAGCCCGCUAGAUGCCGCCAUACUGGCUCAACGUUUCCUCCGGAAGUAGUUCCCCUACCACCCAAGUCCGCCUCUCUGUGCUCCCUGGGGAGAUCAGAGAGGCUGAGGAGGAUGAGCCCCUAAAACUGAACUAGCAUACAGGAGGCCCAUCCUGAAACAGGGUACAGAUGGCCCCAUUUGGGCUUACAGUAAGCUAGGUGGAGCAGGUUUGAGGAGGGCUACAGAACAAACUAGCGUAUUUAAAACUCCACUCCUCGUGUCUGGAUCUUCCAGGGAAACAUGGAAAGCUCCGGAGGAAGAACUGAGCCAAAGGAUCCUUGCCGUCAGGUCCCCCACAGUCAGAUCUCACUGUGUAAACAGCCCUGAUGGUACAGUCCCACAUGGGGCUGAAAAGGCUCUGAGCUGAAGAGACUAUUAACCCCAUAUUCCUCCUCCCUUUGAGAUCUCCCCACUUCCCCCAACAACUCUGGGUCCCCAAAGCAAUACAGGACCUGAUGUAGCAACCCCCCUCUCUUCCUUGUGGUUAAUGGUAUUGCCUCAAGUCAGAUCUCCUGAUCACAGAUGUCACUUCUCUAUACCUCCAUUCCACACUGGUCCUCUCACGCCUCCCUCUUCCUGUCCUCUUUCCUGUACCGAAAAUGAUCCGGACUGGGUCCCGUCUGUAACUCUGACUUCAAAUCAAUCUACCUCUCUGUCUCUCUUCUCUGUUGGUAAACCAUGCUCACUGUUCUGAGACAAGGGAUUGUAACAAUGGAGUCUUGAUGCCACCAGUGACACGAAGCAUUAAUGUUUUCUGUCUGAGUGAUAAUGCUUAGAAACUUUAAGUGGUUUCAAAAGAAUCUGAAUAAGCUUUUUAUCAUAUUUACCUUAAUAAGUAGCAUUUCUCCCCUUCCUUUGGAUUGAAGAUACUGAAUAUCAAAGUAUGUGUACAUGCACGCUUUGAUAUUUGCAGAAUGCAUUGUCUCCGGCUUUUGCUCACCCCUGUGGAAAACUAUUUUUAGCAUCUAGGCAGCUAGUGUGAGGUACCUGGAAGUCACAAUGCCAAGAACUGAAUGGGAAACUGUUGGAUCCUCCCUGCCAAGGCAUAUUGAUGGUAACGCUUCCUCAGUGCCAUUAUGGUGGAGAUCAGGCACUGUCACGUUUCUAUUGCCAAAAAUCAUGUCUUAAAAACUACUCUUAGCCAAGGAUACCGGUACCCACAGCCUCAUUCAGAAUCAAAUGGCUUCCAGGUAUUCCAACUUCCCUGUUUCUCUUUACCAAGACAGAUCACGGGACAAGUGUUGUUCAGAAUGAAUGUGAACCGCCAUCCUCUGCUUUAGUGUGUGUGUGUGUGUGUGUGUGUGUGUGUGUGUGUGUGUGUGUGUGUGUGUGUGUGUGUGUGUGUGUGUGUGUGUGUGUGUGUGUGUGUGUGUGUGUGUGUGUGUGUGUGUGUGUGUGUGUGUGUGUGUGUGUGUGUGUGUGUGUGUGUGUGUGUGUGUGUGUGUGUGUGUGUGUGUGUGUGUGUGUGUGUGUGUGUGUGUGUGUGUGAACCAGGCGACAUCAGAGUCUGCGUGGCUCUCGAGCUGUUCACCUCUGACAGCCACAGACCCUUUUUUAAGCUAUCCUCCAAUCGUUGUGUUCUGUUAUCUGGCCUGCCUCGCUGGCAGACACUGUGAAAACCAGAGCAGGCUUCGCUGGGACGGGGCUUGACUGAAUGUUUUAAGCGAUAGCCUUGAAUGCUUUCUUAAGAUUGGGAUAUUCUUGGGGCACUCUCUCCAGCUCAACACGCCUGUAUUAUCUCACCAUGUAGGCUCUCUGACCAGAUGGACUAGCUGGUGGCCGGUCACCGAUACUGUAAUACUUCAUAGAUAAAUUAAAAGAUUUUAGGUUUGGUUCCUUGGCUACUUGCAUUCUUAGUUUUUUCAAUCAGAGUUUCUUAAAACCAUGGCAAAGCGACUAACCAGUGACUGUUAGGCAUCCGUACACUGCAACUUGCCUUCGCGUAAUGGUACCUGCUUCAGACUUCUUCCUAUUUAAAACGGAUUGCAUGAACAUAGGCUCUGGAUUACUUUUCAAAUGUCUUCACUUACUCUUUUUUUUCUUUGUAAUUUCAUGUUGAUUUAUUUAUUCACUUGUGUUGACCCCUUCCCCCAAACCACUGGGGCUUGUAUCACAGACUAGGCACAACUAAUGCCAGUGAAACAGGCCCUAAAACCCUCUCAGCUUUAAAAAAAAAAAAUAAGUGCGUUAACUCCAACAGUGGUUCUCAUUUUCGAUCCUCCACGGCCACUUACAUGGAAGAGUAGCAUCUGUUUUAUGUUUUUUCUUUUUGGAUUCCGAAAUAACUUCUUGCCAUUUAAACCACAACGUCUGUGGUCAACUUAAGCUACACUAAUGACGAGACUGACUCUGCAUAGUUAUAUUUUUUACGGAAAAACUAAAUGAUACUCGCACAUUAUCCUGAUUUACGGGAGGGUUUUUUGUAGUGUUGGUUUUUCUUUCUUUCUUUCUACCAUUUACACAGAACUCCCCACACAAAGCUGCACUCUUUGGUCAGUAUGUAAAUAUGUACCAUCAUGACUGCGCCAGUCGUAUUGUAUGUAGUUUCACCCAGUGAGAUAACCAACUCGGUUUCAACACAUGCCGAUUGGCGUGCAUUAUAGGCCACGUUGGCCUUCGACCACCACAUCCAGAGGCUCAAAUUCUAUGUAAAGAGAGCUGUCGGCUUUCUCCCACCUCAAUGUGAAUUCCAUGGGUAUACAGCAGUAUUGUAGUAGUCUAGGUUGUUCAUCAGGAAAGGGUAUUUCAUGAACACCGUAGCCAUUGCUGAAUGCUGACAUUAAGUGAACUGUGUCAUCUUCCAUGACGGCCAACUACAGAUUAGUAACUACAAGUUAAACAGACCCUUGAUGUAAAUGUAAUUUUGUCCCCCUUAUUAAUAAAAGGAAAAAAAAAAGUGUCACCUUCUAGCUAGCGGGUUGUACCACAUUCAAUGUUUGUUUUACAGAGUUGUAUUGCUAGACGGCGAUGUGGACUGAAAAGCAUGGACCUAGUGUGAGGUUCAACUCUGUGUAAAACAUGUGACUGUUGCAUGAUUAUAAACUCGCAAGGUGUUCGAGAAUUUGAAGAUAAUUUACCUCUUUUGUGUCCUACGGGAAACUACAAAGCAAAAUAGUAGUACAUUUUUGUUUUAACGAUGAUUUUCCCCCUGCUUCUAAAGUCCUAAGUCUUCAGUAUACAACCAGUAUGUUGCUGACUGUUUCAACUGGAGUAGGAUUGAAAUGUGGUGUAGUUUAAACCCAAUGGGAUAAUGUGUUGUAAGCUGCUUGGUCGGACAUGGGCAUCUAGAUACAGGAAAAUCUGCGUAAUUGUACAGAUGAUAAACAGCGUUUGUAUAAAAAACAUAUUUUUGUACUUCAUCAGAUCUCUACAUGCAUGUCAGCAAUAAACUUUGAUAUGGAAACAUUAA